AAUGUUGCUAACACACAAAAUGGGCGUUGAAAUAUGCAAACUUGGCUACGGCUCUGAUAUGAGAAUUUUAUUUGCAUGGUAGGGUUAUGACUUUGUGUUUAACAGUUGUAAGUUGUUGACUGUAGUUGUGAGUGAUAAGUCAAAAUUAUAUCUGUCACGCGCGUGUAUAUUUACAGGUUUGUGAAGGGGCGUAAACUGCAGCUCUGUAAAGGUAAAACCCGUCUGGGUGUUUACUGCGCACGCGCAAACACCAAAUUCCUUUUUUAGGAAGUCAGAAACUCCGACGAAGCGGCCGUUUCCUGCAGGAAUAUACACGGAUCAUUAGAUGAAGUUUUUCGACACAUCUCACACUCUGGGGAGCAAGAAGAGCAUCCGUGUGAAUCUUCAACAACACACAAACACCGAUGGAACAGAGUUUGAGGGAUAUUUGAUGUGAUCUGGAUGUGGUGUUUGUGUGGAUGACUGAAGAUCAUCUUGAAUCUUUUGCUUCUGUAUGGGAUCAUGCAGACUGUUCUUUGGUUAAGCAUCGUUUCAUUCAUGUUGGACUCUUGUGUGAGCCACAGUUUGUUCACAUGUGAGCCAGUGCGUGUGCAGUGGUGUCAUGGCAUGUCAUACAACAGGACAUUUUUCCCCAACAUGCUUGAUCAUUAUGACCAGGACAUUGCAGCCACCAACAUGAAGCACUUCAUGCCAUUGGUUAACCUGCGCUGUUCUCCUGACGUUCAUCUGUUCCUGUGUCAAGCCUUUGUUCCGGAGUGCACAGAGGACACGCGUGUGCUGCGUCCGUGCAGAGAGCUGUGUGGGCGUGUCAUGUCUGACUGCAGUAGAGAUAUGCGCACGUUUGGCAUCAGCUGGCCUUCAGAACUGCAGUGUGACGGUUUGGAAUCAUGCCAUGUUUCUCCUGCUGGUUCUGCUGUUUCGCCAGUUGAAGAUGUGACCACACCCAGAAGUUCUCUGUCAGCCAACCGGGAUCUGGGAUUCUGGUGUCCUCUUCAGCUGAAGACUCGCCCCGGUCAGGGCGGCUCAUUUCUCGGGGCACAGGACUGCGCGCCUCCGUGUGACAACAUGUACCUGAAAGCACAUGAAGUUCGCUUUGCCAAGACCUUCAUUGGCAUUUGUUCUGUUGUGUGCUUGUGCGCCACUCUCUUCACCUUUUUAACUUUCCUCAUUGAUGUGAAGAGGUUCCGCUACCCAGAGCGGCCCAUCAUCUUUUACGCUGUGUGCUACAGUUUCGUCUCUUUCAUUUAUUUCGUGGGUUUUCUGCUGGGUAACGAGGCCGCCUGCAUCAAAAGCAGUGUGCCGGGCCGCUCGUCCACAGUGGUGCUGGGCGCUCAGAACCGUGCCUGCUCGCUGCUCUUCAUGCUGCUGUAUUUCUUCUCCACUGCCGGGAUGGUGUGGUGGGUCAUUCUGACCAUCACCUGGUUUCUGGCUGCUGGGCCCAAGUGGAGCUGUGAAGCCAUCGAGAAAAAGGCUGUGUGGUUCCACACGGUGGCCUGGGGUCUUCCCGGAGCACUCACAGUCACGCUGCUGGCGCUGAACAAAGUGGAGGGAGACGGCAUCAGCGGCGUGUGUUUCGUGGGUCUCUACGACCUGCCGGCGUUGCGCUGGUUCGUCGUGGCUCCUCUGGCCGUGGCUGUGCUGGCCGGCCUCUCGCUGCUGCUGGCCGGGAUAGUGUCUCUGAACCACGUGCGUCAGGUGAUCCAACACGACGAACGGAACCAGGAGAAGCUGAAGAAGUUCAUGAUCCGCAUCGGAGUUUUCAGCGGUCUCUAUCUUCUCCCUCUGCUGACGCUGCUGGGGUGUUACCUGUACGAACAGGCCCGCCGUGGCUCCUGGGAGAACACCUGGAUCAACGAGCGCUGUCAGGAAUAUGGCAUUCCCUGCUCCUACAGCAGGACUGAUGCAGACCGCCCCGAGCUCUCGCUGUUUCUCAUGAAGUAUCUCAUGACGCUGGUAGUGGGAAUAUCGACAGUGUUUUGGGUGAGCAGUAAGAAAACCUGCACAGAGUGGGCAUCAUUCUUCAGUAGAACUCGCAAAAAAGACCCCAUCAGCGAGAGUCGCCGUGUUCUGCAGGAGUCCUGCGAGUUUUUUCUCAAACACAACAGCCGCGUGCAGCACAAAUCGAAGCACUACAAGUCGACUUCGCAUAAACUUAAGGUCAUCUCCAAAUCUAUGGGCACUAGCACAGGUGUUCAAACUCCUGUGGUCAGCAACCAUGAGAACACAUCUUUGAGCCAGAACCUCUCAGAUCAGCAUCGAUCCUCCGAGACUUCCACACGAGAUCGGGCCGAGUCGACGCCGGCCGAGAGAUGCAGUUCCAGUCGCAUCAGCAGCCGCACUGAGAGUCUCCGCAGGAUGCCAGUAAAAGACACUUUGGAAACUGGCCGCAGUGGGACAAACUCCCAAUGAAAUCUCCGAGUGGCCGUGACGUCGGAAUGAAGAGCUCCUGCUGCCUUCCUCUCAUUCAGCAUCUGUGUAUUCAGCACUGGAAGAUUCAUUGAAGUUGUUGUUUGUGUGUUCAUAUGAUGAUAAAGUGCCUGUAGACUUUCAGUUUCACGAGGACAUCAAUUUAUCUGCAUUUCUGGAGUAGCAGGUAAAGAAUUGCACAUUAGCGGAUUAAUCCUAACACUGGCUUCUCACCUUAAUCAAAGAAAAUAGCAACUGGUUAAGAUUUAUGCUUUUUUUAUUUGUAUAUAAUUCUUAAACUUGCAUAAACAAGUGGAAAAAGUUGUACAAAGGCACUUUCACAGUGCUCCGCUAUGAAUGAUGUUACAGUAUGUGAUGAAUAUCAUUUUGCAAAUGAUUGACAAAGAAUGUUCUGUUUCAAACUGUUACUCAGAAUGUCACUGCGUUUACACCGUAGAUUGUAUUUUAAUACUGCUGGUUUAAAUGAGUUAUGAAAAAAAGGACUUUUGAAUAGAAGUGAAUGUAAAAGAUUAUGGAGCGAUUUCCAGGACAGGUAUAGCUUAAGCCAGGACUAGACUUAGUUUAAUUGGAAAAAUCACAUCCCUGAUUAAACGUUCUAUCUAAAUACAGAUUUCAGUGUUUUUUUAUGUUCUCGCUGGGAUCACCCGCGUAAAUUGCAAUAAUUCGAUUUUUGUGACGAAUUGGGGAUGUGCGCGUCGUCAUCAUCCAGCUGACCAACUGGAUCCUUUCUCUGCUCUCCACGGCAUAGAGACGGAGCGCAUUUAGGCCACGCCCACACCGGGGAACGAUCCAACCCUCUCCAUUGACUUGCUAUAGCGGGAAGCUGCCUCCUUGUAAUUUCUGACUUCUAACAAAAAGCAGAACAAUUCCUAAAAGCUGCUGUGUGACAGGGUGUACAGCAAACAAGCUAAAAAACACAGAACUAAGUUGCGAAGUGAAAAAUACGUAAUUUUGGCAAAUAGUUGCCUUUUUAUGAUGUAACUUAACAGACU